UAGCACUUUUCUUUUUCCAACAGAUGGCUGGGAUAAAUGCUGUGGUGUAUUAUUCAACUGCUGUGUUUCGUAGUGCUGGUAUUGCAUCAGAUGUUGCUGCUAGUGCUCUUGUUGGGGCAUCAAACGUCUUUGGCACAACUAUUGCAUCUUCCUUAAUGGACAGACAAGGAAGGAAGAGUCUUCUAAUCACAAGCUUUUUUGGAAUGGCUGCCUCAAUGCUGCUGCUUUCCUUGUCCUUCACUUGGAAGGCCCUGGCACCAUAUUCUGGAACCCUUGCAGUUCUAGGGACAGUUUGCUACGUGUUGUCAUUUUCACUUGGUGCUGGUCCUGUGCCAGCUCUUCUUCUUCCAGAGAUAUUUGCCUCCAGAAUUAGAGCGAAAGCAGUUGCUUUAUCCUUGGGCAUGCACUGGGCUGCAAAUUUUGUCAUCGGCCUGUAUUUCUUGAGCUUCGUGAACAAGUUUGGGAUCAGCUCUGUGUAUUUAGGAUUUUCCGGCAUCUGUCUUUCUGCUGUGUUGUACAUAGCAGCUAAUGUUGUGGAGACAAAGGGACGCUCGUUGGAGGAAAUAGAGCGAGCUCUUAACCCGACAAUUUGAUCAGAUCAGGGUACUCGUCGCAAGGACACAAGGUAACAUGUCACUACACCUCAUGGACAUUGGCCUUAGGAUAGAUUGUGGUUUUAAUCCCCGGAGGGUUCAUUGUUCUUGCGGAACGUUCACUGGGCUUGCUUAUUGUCCGGCAUUUUCAAAUGCCAAAUCUCUGUUAUAACCAGCUUAGUGAACAAACUCACGAACAUGCGGGUCAUCAAAACUGAAUGUUGAGUAUCACAAAGAUUUUGUUUCCCAUGUGAUUGUUGAAUGAAAUUCUAUAUGACCAUUCCGCAGAGUGAUUAGAAAAUUAAGUGAAGCU